AGUCUAGAUGAUGGUGCUCCCCUCCCCCCCCCAUCCCUACUUCUGCAGGGGCCAUGGCCACCCCCAGCCCUCAGGCUCACAAGUCAGGAUCUCCUCCACUUCUCUCUAUGUCCACAUCAUCUGAGGCCAAGGGUUGUUGUGGAAGCAUCCCCGGGAUGCUCCCUCCUCUCCCUGGACACCGUCCCUAUCCUGGCACAGUUCCUCCUGGUCUCACCUCCUCCCCUGGAAUCCUUCAGCCUGCCCAGGGGUCACUCUGCCUCACUGGCCCCUAAUAGGGUUUACACCACCCCUGCUCAAUAACCUCCAGUGGCUCCCUAUCACCUCAGCCAUCUGCCCAUGCCAGGCACUAUGCUAUGUUCUGGGGACAAAGAGCUUAGGUAAAAGGCUCCCAGCCUAGGGGGGAGGCAGGCUAACAAGCGACCCAGAGGGCACAUACAGCCUUUCCCCUCCAAUUCGCUUCCACCUUACAUCCACCUCCAGGGAUGCUCCUCAUCUUCAUCUCCCCUGCUCCUGCAAGUCUUACUAGAAUGCCGCCUCCUCCAGGGAGCCUUCCCCAGUCCUCCUAAUUCUGGGACCUUCCCUCAGAUGACAACUUCCCACAGGUGCUGUGGGUCCACAGACCCUAGUUGGGGGGCAGGUGGCCAAAUGGGUAGGGCCCUGAGUCUGCAGUCAGGAAGAUUCGUCCUCCAGCACGUACUGACUAUGUGACCCUGGGCAAGUCGCUUCCCCUCUGCUCCAGAGAACCGGGGCAGCUGCAAUCCUUCCUCCCUCGCCCCCUCCCGGUGGUCACAUAGCACAGCAGAAAAUGGAGGAAUCCAAACAGGACCCUCCAAAGAACAGGGCCCUCAUCAAAGGGGAAUCAUGGCCAGGAGGUGGGGAAGGACAGGCUGAGGCUGCGGGAAGAAAGCCGCACUUAGUAGGUGGCUGUAAGUACCGGCUCCUCCGGCUCCCUACACCUCCAAGGAAAAUGGGCUCAGGAUGCCGGCGCACCAGCCUCCCCGCCCUCCGGACUACAUUGCCCAGGAGCCCUUGCGUAGGGACCUCGACCUCUCCGAUUAUGUCACUUCCGCUUCUUUUCUCUGAUCCUCCUAGAGGCGGAAUCCUGCCCGCUGAAGGAGGCCUCUUUCCCAGCCGGAGAGUAGGAAGAACUAAGACAGCGUAAUGGCGCUUGGGCCCUCUGAAGCCGGGAGCCCCGAGGGGUCCGUGAUGUUCCGGGACGUGGCUGUGCUCUUCUCCCCGGAUGAAUGGGGGCGCCUGGGCCAAGGCCAGAGGGAGCUGUACUGGGAGGUGAUGCUGGAGAACUACCAGACCCUAGUGUGGCUGGGCCUUGCAGUGACCAAACCGGACGUGAUCUCUCUGCUGGAGCGAGGGCGGACACCGUGGAUGCCAGCGCCGGGAGGCCCGAGAUCCAGCUGUCCAGAUUGGAACACUCGGAAUAAAUCCAAAGAAUCCACUCCACAACCAGGCAUUUCUAUGGUGGAAUCAUCCCAGAAAAGACUCUCAGGGGAUUCUCUUUGGAUCUUGAAGAAGGGAGGUGCCUCUGAAUGUUAUGGCAGGUCAAAGGAAGAGCAGAGCAAUGAGAACCAAUAUUUUAGACAAUUAAAAAUCGCCAAAGGAAAAUCCAGUGAAGUAAGAGGCCAGCAGCAUACUAAAUGGAGAUCUAUCCUAGUGCCUGUUGUUUUUCCACAAAAGAGAUUAUUUGUAGGAAAGAAUAUUCAUAAAUGUGAUACACAGAGAAAGAGUAUCAGAAUGUAUUCAGACACAACACAGUAUAAUAGAAACUGUUUAAAGAAGAAAUUUUCUAAUGAUGAUAGAUGUCAGAAAUAUUUUGACUAUAAUUUUGAUCAUACUGAAAAACAUAGAUUACAUACUGGAAAGAAACUUUAUGAAUGUAAUGAAUGUGAGAAGUCUUUCCUCAAGAAUACUGAACUUACUCUACAUCAGAGAAUUCACAGAGGAGAACAGCUCUAUGAAUGCACUGAAUGUGGAAAGGCCUUCCAACAGAAUUCAUAUCUUAGGAAACAUCAGAAAAUUCAUACUGGAAAAAAACCUUAUGAAUGCAAUGAAUGUGGGAAGGCUUUCCAUUGGAGAACACAACUUACCGAACAUAAGAGAAUUCAUACUGGAGAAAAACCUUAUGUAUGUAAUGAAUGUGGAAAGUCUUUUCUCUGGAGCAGUAACUUUACAAGGCAUCAGAGAACUCAUACUGGAGUAAAACCUUAUGAAUGCAGUGAAUGUGGGAAGGCUUUCUGCCAGAACUCAUAUCUUAGGAAACACCAGAAGAUUCAUACUGGAGAGAAACCUUAUGAAUGUAAUGAAUGUGGGAAAACCUUCCAAUGUAGAACACGACUUGCUAAACAUCAGAGAAUUCAUACUGGAGAGAAACCUUAUGUGUGUACUGAAUGUGGAAAGGCUUUCCUCUGGAGUACUGACCUUAUUAGGCACCAGAGAACUCAUACUGGAGAGAAAUCUUAUGAAUGCAAUGAAUGUGGGAAGGCCUUUUGGGAUAAGACAGGUCUUACUCAACAUCAUCGAAUUCAUGUUGGAGAAAAACUUUAUAAAUGCAAUGAUUGUGGGAAGGUUUUCCUCCAGAGUACAACACUUAUUCGACACCAGAAGAUUCAUACUGGAGAGAAACCUUAUCAGUGUAAUGAAUGUGGGAAGGCCUUCUACCAGAGGGCAGAACUUAUUCGACAUCAUAAAAUUCAUACAGGAGAGAAACCUUAUGAAUGUUUUGAAUGUGGGAAGGCUUUUUAUCAGAGAGCAGCUCUUACCCAACAUUAUAAAAUUCAUACUGGUGAAAGACCUUACAAAUGCAAUGAAUGUGGAAAGGGCUUUCACCAUAACUCACACCUUAUUCAGCAUCAGAAAAUUCACACUGGAGAAAAACCCUAUGAAUGUUAUGAAUGUGGAAAAGCCUUUGCCUGGAGCAUGGCACUUACUCAACAUCAGAAAAUUCAUACUGGAGAGAAACCUUAUGAAUGCAACGAAUGCAGGAAGACUUUCUGUGUGAGAGCAGAGCUGAAUCAACAUUAUAGAGUUCAUAGUGGAGAAAAACCCUAUAAAUGCAAUGAAUGUGGGAAGGCAUUUUCCAGGAACACAACGCUUAUUCGACAUUAUAGCAUUCACACUGAAGAGAAACUUUAUUCAAUGUAAUGAAUAGAGAGACUCCUUCUACUGGAAUGUACUCCAACUGAAGAAAAGAAAUCCUAUGAAUGUGAAAGCCCUUCAAUAAAAUUUAAUAAACAUUAGACAUUUCCUACUAGAGAAAAACCCAAUUAAAUAUAUAUAUAUAUAAUACUAGAGGGAAACCAUGUGACUAUAAUGAAUAUAGAUAGUCCUUCAGUGAAUAAUGGUCAACCAUUCCCCUUCCUCUUCAACCAAAACAUGGUGGACUAGAAACAUACACUUUCAGACAUGGCCAGUGUGUGUGGAUUUGUUUGUCCAAAUUUAUUUGUUAUAAGAGGGGAGGGGAAACAGUGGGAAGUGACAAUGAUAUUGAAGGGAAGAAAACAACUUCAAUAAAACAAACAAACAAAAGCCAGUGUGCAAACUUAUUAAUGUCACAUCUUCAUGAAAAAGUUAAGAGAUCUGAAGACUAGACCACAGUACGGUCAGGUGGGAUUAGAACUUUAUGAAUGGCUGUACCCAAUGAGAAGUCAUAAUUGACUCACUGGCAGCUUGGAAGGGGUUAUUUACUGAAGUUAGUUUUAUUAAUAUCUUGUAUAAAAGCUUAGGAGGCAAGCUUACAAAAUUUGUAGAUGACACAAAACUGGGUGGCAUAGCUAAAACACUGGCUGACAGCAUCUAAAAAGAUCUUGACAAGUCAGAUCAUUGGCUAGAUGUAAGAUUAGAUUGAAUUAGUGGAUAGGUUCUAAGGCUCAGUUUCACAAGUACUAGGUAGAGGAGAUAAUCCUUCCUUCUAGUUAGCAAGAGAAUUAACCACCUGGAAGAGAUUUAGGAAUUCAAAUGCCAAAGAUUUUUUUUUAAGUAGUAAGUGCUGGAAAGACUAUAGGAUGACAAGUCUACAAAUACAGCAUUGGUGGGCCUGGUCCAUGUUUUGGACUAAAAAGUCACUAAACUGUUCAUACUUCAAACCCAGAGAUCACAUUUCUAGUCAAGUAAAGUCACUCUGGGAAGUGAAAGACAAAAGUCCCAUGGAUACCAAAAAUAUUCACAGCAUCACUCUUGUUUCAAAAUGUGGUAGUGAUGUUGGCGACCAAAGCAAAGGACCAGUUGGGAAUGGCUGUACAGGUUCUAACAUUUGACUGCAAUUAAAUUUUAUGCUAUAAGAGACAGUGGACAUGAGAAAUUCUGAGAAGCAUAGGAAGACCUAAGAAUCAAUGUAAAGAAAGUUGGUGAAUCCAUAACAAUCUAUAUAAUUACAAUGGCAAAAAUGAAAACAUUAAAAAGCAAUCAGAUUCUAAUCAAUUGUAAUCAACCCACAAAUGAGCUUUUAUUGAUCAUCUGUACACCAGAUACUGUACCACAUUUGGGAGACACAGACAAAAAUAAAGUGGUCCCUGCCCUCAAGGAGCUUGUAUGCUACUGGGGAAGUCAUAUACACUUAUAAGUAUAAACAAGUAUACAUAAAAUAAAAAGUAAUUUUUGGCAAUGACUAACCAGUUUGGAAAACUACAGGUUAAAUAAAGUACCAUCCUGUGCUUAUUAUCAGGAAGAAGACAGUAUGAAUAU